AUGGAGGUCGAUACUCCUCCAUUUUCCCAGUCUCUGAACAACAACUCUGUCUCUGCCCCUAGCUCUCCUUCCUCAACUGCCCUGAUUGCAGAUCUCUCCGAGAGCCAUGGUACCAUCACCAUCGACAACCAUGUGUUCCACGAUACUGCAGCCCUGUUUGAGUAUCUGGAGAUGCUGCCAAAGCCUGACGCCUACCAGAUUGUCAAUUCCUCACAAGAUAUCGCCCUCGAACAGCUUGCUACUAUUGAGCGGGUGCUCUGUGCGAUUCAUGACUGGGCCCAGGGCCACAAGGUGUACAAAGGCACCGAUAACAAGACAGAGUUUGAGGAGUGCUGGGCAAGGAUGUCUGAGAUCACUACAAAGAGAGCAAAGGACAAAAAGUACAUGGAUGGUAUUGUGGCAAAGGCAGUUCAGCACUGGGGCGGCCUGGCCACCAAAGCAUUCCUUAUCCAUGCAAAGACUGCAACUAUGCACCAAAAUAUCAGCAAGAUGCUGAUGCAGAAGCUUCCUUGGAAGCAUUUGCUCAAUGCUGUCAACAACUCCAUUAUUGAUUGA